GUCGCCUCUCGUUAAAUUGUGCCUAUGAAAUAUUGAAGAGAGAUUUUCCGCCAUCUGCGCAGAGACGGUGAUCGUGCUGCUGCGGAGGUCGGAGAACAAGACCAUGACCACGUUCAAUCACGUGUACCGCUCGAUGGCGGUGCAGAGCAGGCCGUCGAUCCGGGCGCUCUACCAGGCGAUGAUGGACUACGUGUCGCCCCCCAACACCCCGGACAAUCUUCAGCAGCCGUUGACGCGCGAGACGUUGCAGGAGCGCGUCCGGGAGUUCUUCACGCGGCUCUUCACCAUCGCCUAUCACUACACCAUCAAUCCGCACCGCGACCGACAGGACUUCACCGAGAAGUUCAAGUCCUGCCUGUACGAGAGGAUAGACGACAUACAGCCGUUCGGUGACACGCCGCAGGACGUGUUCAAGAAGAUCGGCAGGAAUCUGGAGGCCGCCAGGAUCCUGGUGCAGUCAUUAAUGCUCGGGAAAACCGUCCUCGAGAAGACCGAAAACGUGUUGUUUGCUACCGGUAGUGGAAAUAGCCCUCAGCAAGAGGCCUGCUACGAUGCUCUGCUCAGAAUGACAUAUUGUCCCAGGUGCAAAGGGAUCGGGAAGGCCGUUAGACCCUGCAGCGGAUUCUGCACCAACGUGGUGAGGGGCUGCCUGACGGAGCCGGCGUCCGAACUGGAUCUCGCGUGGUCCGGUUACGUGGGGACGGUCGAGAGGCUCGUCGUGGCGGUGAGCAGCGACAACGAUCCCCUCGGCCUGAACGUCAAGGUAGCCGUCAGGGAGUUGGACUCCCGCAUCUCGGAUGCCAUCAUGCGCGCGAUGGAGGAGGGUCCGAAGCUCGAGGAGAAGGUUAGGCUGGUAUGCGGUCGUUCGGAGUUGCUGCCCUCGGACGAGAAGAGCUCGUCCUCGGAUGUCGCAGCUGCGAAAUCGUCCACGUCGUCGUCCAUCGGCGAGGUGCACGCAGCUGCGUCGUCGUUGCCGUCUCACGCGCAGGACGACUUGCUGAACGAGUUGCACAAGCAGCUGGGUAACUUCGUGGCGAGCGUCGUCAGGUCCCGCAUCUUCUACGGCACGCUAGCGGACGCGAUCUGCGAGGAAUAUCCCGAUAAACGUUGCUGGAACGGCGAGCGCAUCGGAGAAUAUACGAAAACCGUGGUGGAUUCUAGUGUGAAUGCCCAGCGAUACAACCCUGAAUUCACGAUAACGAUGUCGUCGACGCCGGCUACCUACUCCAGCAACACGAAUACCAGUGCGCUCAUUGACCAAUUGAGGCACAUUAAUCAGGUGGUGCAAUCUCAAUUGGCGUUAUCCGACGGAUCCGAUGGCUUCCUGGCCGACGAAGCCCUGGAGGGUUCCGGAAGCGGAGACAGCCCGGUUUGGAGGCAUCACAGUCCUUCCGAGACCUAUGACGACGAGGACGACCGCGACGAUCGCGACGACGACGAAGCGUCCGGCUCUGGAAUGGGUCCCACCACGAUAGAUCCGUCGACGAAAACCCAGGUGAACCCGACCCACGGCGGGUCGUCAACGAUCUUCCUAUCAUCCGUCGCCCUCGCUAUCGCCUGCGCAUCGCUUAUCGCUUAAUCGAUCACAUCGGCUGGGACGAGGGUACGAUUCCGAUCGCGGCCGACGUAGAUGACGUAGAUAAGGAAAGUUAAACUAGAUUCUCUGUUGCGAUCGGGAGAUUGUUAACGGAUCGGAUCUGCUGUCUGCUUCUCACGCGGGGACUCUUCCGGCGUGCGUGAACGCCGGCGGCGAGCGAAGGAGGUUCACGCAGGGAGGUUUCGCGAGCAGCUUCCGCCCGCCGGAAUCGCGUAUAAGCGAUGCCGUUGAUAAUUUAUCGGUGGCGUGUUGGGCAGCGAAGCGAACUGUUCCUACCGCGAUCCCGCUGGAAGGACGCCGCGGUUCUCAGUGAUAUAUAUCGACGAGCGUGAGAAAGAGAGAGAGAGAGAGAGAGAGAGAGAGAGAGA